AUGGGAAGAAAAGUGUUUCCCGUUCUCGUGGCCGCUGCGUUGCUGUAUGACGCGCUGUGUGCGGCUGCACCCAGAAUUGAUAUCAACGUGAUCGCUCGUUUGCGGCCUAUAGAGGAUACCGCACCAGCUGUUGGCCCCGUCCCUUACCGCGAUCCACUUCCAGCAAUCCAAGGCACACUUGGGUCAUUUAUGGGAAACAAGAUUGAUCUGCUUCCAUGCGUACAUGACGAGAAAAUGUUGGAGGAGGGGACAGCCUAUGUCCUGAGUCUAUGUCUUUUAUCGAACGUGACAGUUAAAUAUACCGUCAAUAAACAAGUGGAAGUCGCGGUCAAACUUUCGGAAGAUAUAGCGGACAGUGGUGAUGACGCAAUAGAAGACCCUGUGUCGGGAGAGCAGAAGGAACCACCAAUCCGCACUAUUCUUGGUAUGUUUCGCGGCUGGCAGAUCGACCCCAUUACUCUAAAUUACAAGAAUAUGGUCUACGAUGACGGUGACACAUGCAUGGAUAACGAUCGUUACUCCAUGCUUGUCGAGUUAGUGUUUUCCGAUGACCCGAAGUCGGUUGCAAGAUUAUACGGUCUGAAAAAAUCUGGCAUGUGUGAAUUCAAGGCAUCACUACUUAUCUACGUCCCAGAAAAAAAUCGUUUUGCCGAACAUGGUAUCCACACACCAGGUGUAGUGGACAUUAGUGACGCAACGAUCUCCUUGCCAAAUAUUUGCAGCAAAAUGAAGUGCCGUUACGAGAAUAUCACCCAACACAUGCGAUAUCUGUCGGGCCAGAUCAAUAACGUUCAGUCCGUUUUGGCAGGAAUUUCACCGGCAGUAAGCACGGCAGUUACAAGCAUGGCUCUGGAGGCAUCAAAGAACAUUUACGAGUCUGCGAAGGAAGACGAAACGAUAUGGCUUAAAAACAUUUCUUAG